UCCAGCUUCAAAUACUUUCUUCACAGUGUGUCUGGUUGCUAGACAAAAUCCUCCUCGCAUGGCGCCCUGAUAAUUGACAAAGAGAUCCUUUACCAUGGCAUGGAGCAUUCUAAGAAAGCAGGCUGUGUGGUUAUGGGGGCCACAGAAAGAGGAUCGAGAGCUGCUCCAAAGACUGGAUAUCACCCUACUUCCAUACUUCUCCCUAAUCUGGUUCCUGUUUGGUGUGACCCGUGCUUCCUACUCAUCGGCAUAUAUAAGCGGCAUGAAAGAAGCUUUGAACUUUCAAGGGAAAGAUUACAAUUAUAUGAAUACAGCAUACCUCGUCGUCUAUGCAGUCUGCCAGAUUCCCGGGACAAGCUUGUUGACGAUCGUACGGCCGAAAUAUGUAUUUGUGAUCGCAAAUCUCACCUGGAGUGUUCUUACGUUGGUUACAUACAAGAUGCAACACUCCUGGCAGAUAAUCGUGCUGAAUGCUUUUGAAGGAGGGUUCAGCGCUAUUGCUUAUGUAGGCGCGCACUUUAUUUUGGGUUCCUGGUAUAAAAAGACAGAGCUGGGCACUCGAGCUGCGAUAUUCUGUAUCUUUGGCCAUCUGGGUAGUAUGGCAGGCGGCUGGAUCCAAGCUGGCCUGUUGAAAUCGUUGGCCGGUAAACAUGGCCUUCCUGCCUGGAAGUGGAUCUUCAUUAUUGUCUCUGUGAUGACCAUCCCGGUGGCACUGUUUGGAUGGGUCUUUAUCCCAGAUCUACCAGAGCAUCGAGCAGCUUGGUAUCUUACUGAGGAACAGAAAGAACAUGCUGUAACACGACUCGGUGCUACGUCCAAGAAAACAUGGGAUAUCACAGUAUUCAAGCGCGUCCUUCUGAGCUGGCAGUUUUAUCUGCUUCCACUGAUAUUUAUGUUAUAUUCAUUAUGCGUCCAAUCUUUAGGAAACAAUGUCAUGCAGCUAUGGAUGGCAUCCCGUGGAUAUACCGUCAUCCAACAGAACAACUAUCCUACAGCAGUAUACGCUACUGCAAUUGUCGGAACAAUACUUUAUGCUAUUAUUUCAGACAAGCUCAAGUCCCGCUGGGAAUGCUCCAUCGCCAUCGGUCUGACAUUUGUAGUGGGCAGUGCUAUCCUAGUGGCUGAUCCCGCCGCUGACUCUGCACACUUUUUCGCAUUCUAUCUUUUGGGCACGACAUACGCUCCGCAAGGUCUCUGGUAUUCCUGGAUGGCAGACGUAACGAGUCAUGAUGUUCAGCUGCGUGCCAUCACGACAGGUUUCAUGAACUCCUUCGAUUUCGCUUUUGUGACAUGGUGGCCCCUGAUAUUCUACCCCGUGACUGAUGCGCCGAACUUUGAGAAGGGAUACAUUGCUAGUUUAGUCACCGGCGCAUUAACGAUACCUUUCAUUGUUCUCAUUGCAUAUUUGGAAAAGCGGGACGUCGCAAAAGGAUUCAUUGGAAGAAAUCAGGAAGAGGAAGUCGUGCCAGAAGACGAAGAGGCUAUUGUGAAUACGACCCCGAAGUAAAGCUGAGAAAAAUGAUAGUAGCUCGAACUAUCUACCAACGACGUGAAAAAUAUACAUAUUGGAUUCUGCCGAAGCCUAAAUGGAAAGGAAGCAAUAAUAUGAUUUGAACCUCCUAGCUAGUAGCUAGGUUGCUUGCUCGACUCUAGAUCUAGGGGGAGGGUUGAUCCCACAUACGUCUCCCAAUCAUACAAGUCUCCUCAUAAAAACACCACUUCCUCUACAGGUGUUUACUUGACACAAAUUAUGAUAAAUAUAUUUCUAAU